GCAGCAGAAAAGACGGCGUAAACAAAGCAGAGAGCUACAAGUCAGCUAACGCUACGUUAGCUCAUACUUCGUGAGUAAAACACUUAUUGUAGCGGCAUUCGAUCAAAUUAUGAAACUUUGUUUUAUUUGGUUGGCGAGCACAACUUUAAUUCGUGUGGUAAGAGCCUCAUUUAUGUGCUGAGACUGAAAGAAAACGAGUUAACAAGACACCGUUUUCGCUAGCUACUUUAGCUUUAGCUAACCUUAGAUAACGGGAUUUGGUGUAUCUGGAGAUGGAUGUUUUCUGAAAUAACUUUCAUUAAUAACACAACCGCUACUUGAUUCAUCCGUGCUGGGUACGUCUACUAUUUUUCAAAGCUGCUAACGUCGAUGCUAUCAUGAGUUAGCUCGAUAUGUAGCCAAUUUAGGUUAAGAAUCGAUCAGCUGGCUAAACAGGGUCGGAUCGUGGUGACGCUGCUGGCUGGAUGACCACUUGAUCUCAGUCAUCUGGACUCGGACUGCGAUGUUUAGCCUGAUGGCGAAUUGCUGCAACUGGCUGAAACGCUGGCGAGAGCCUGCAAGGAAAGUGACUCUGGUCAUGGUGGGACUGGAUAAUGCAGGGAAGACAGCCACAGUACGAGGAAUCCAAGGAGAUAAUCCUCAGGAUGUAGCUCCGACGGUGGGUUUCUCCAAAGUUGACCUGAAGCAGGGCAAGUUCGAGGUGACCAUUUUCGACUUAGGCGGAGGGAAGAGAAUCCGAGGCAUCUGGAAGAACUACUACUCAGAGUCACACGGCGUGGUGUUUGUGGUGGACUCCAGCGACGUCCAGAGGAUCCAGGAGACGAGGGAGACGAUGGCCGAGGUCCUCCAGCACCCACGAAUCGCAGGGAAACCUGUCCUAGUGCUCGCUAACAAACAAGACCAAGAGGGAGCGCUGGCUGAAGCAGACAUCAUUGAGAACCUGUCGUUAGAGAAGCUCGUGAACGAGAACAAGUGUCUCUGUCAGAUCGAGCCGUGCUCUGCUGUCCUCGGCUACGGCAAAAAGGUCGACAAGUCCAUCAAGAAGGGCCUGAAGUGGCUCCUCAACAACAUUGCCAAAGACUACGAGGCCAUCACUGAGCGUGUGCAGAAGGACACGGCCGAGCAGCGCGCUCUGGAGGACCAGGACAAGAAGGAGAGGGCGGAGAGAGUGAAGCGGCUACGAGCGGAGAGAGAACGGCAGGAGCAGGAAGAGGCCGAACGCGAGGGCAGGCAGAUCCAGGAGGAAGAGCCUGAUGAUGAAAACAUGCCCAGCCCCUUUCAGCCAAUCAGCAACGUCAUCUCUGAGAACGAGGACAAAGAAAAGGAAAGGAGGAGGCAAAGAGAGCUGCAGGAGGCCCGCACCAACAGCACGAAGACAGAUGCUGAUCAGGAGGAAGAGGAGUAUGAGGAGGAGGAGGAGCCAGAAGACACGAGACAAACGCCGGAAAAUUCCACUUCAGCCGCGACAGGGGAGCAAGACAAAAAGAAGACGAGGAAGAUGCACCUGAAGAGGAAGCACAGGGUGGACCCGCUGAGGACGGAGGACGGGCCGACGGAGAGCCCCACACCUCCGCCUCCUCCAGUGGGAUGGGCCACGCCAAAGGUUUCUAGACUGCCAAAACUAGAACCACUCGGGGACUCGAGACAUUCUGAAUUUUUCAAGAAGCCUCUCCCGCCUCUCGCGAACAGGCCGCGGCCUAACGGCGACGCUCAUGACGUCAUUUUCUAACCUCAUUUUUUAAAAAUGUUUGAGGUCCAAUCAUGGCUCUCCCCUUUUUUGCUUUGUGUCUCAAGCGAGCGGUGUGUAGACAACCAAACACAGAGACACUGCAGACAGGCGACUCCUGACGCCGGGAGCCAGUGAGCGCCGAAGUGUGAGAAACACAGGAGCAACAUGGGAAACGGAGUCCUGCUCGGAAGCUGUUCACAAACUGACACAAUUCAGUGUGAAAGGUCGAACCUGCCGGAGCUGACUUCACGCCAGGCUCAGUCUCCACUCGACAAACUCUUUCACUCUGGACUGAACGUUUAUUUGUUAUUGUUAAUACCAGUGUUAGACGGUUCGGACUCCAUUUGUCCAACUGAAAUGCUUUUAAUUGACAAAGAAUGUAAAUAUGUCCGCUAAACCUUAUAUAUGUUGAUGUCUGUUACUGAAAAAUGGAUGUCUAUACACGGCGCCAUUAAAAAGGACCCUGUUCUAUCCGUUUAUUUUUGCACCUUCGGUUUUGUAGUUAAAACAAAGGUGGAGGUCUUAAGUGGCUUUUGCACAGCUGAGUGCUUUAAAUUUGAUCUUUUUAAAGUCAGAGAGGUUUCCCUUUUUUACAAGAAUAAUAUGAGGGAGUACAUUUCAAAAGUGUCAAAAGUACCUUAAUUAUAACGACAACUGAAUACACGAUAUUACAUUUACAUAUCACUGAAUUCAUACCAUUGUUUUUUUUUAAAGUCAUGUGUCUUAAUUUAUUUGCUCUGAAUUCACCUCUUUGAAAUCAAAAUAUUAUUUUUCUUGAUUUAAAGUUUUAAAAGCUGAAAUGUGUUUCCCAGUGGUUGUAAAUUCAGAUCCAAAAUUUCAGCUUUUGAAAUUGCAAAUCAAGACGUUUCAUAUUUUAAUUUUCAAAGAGAUGUAUUUAAAACAAACAAAUUCAGAUACAUGAUUUUCAAAGUGAAACAUUACCAUGCUAUUAAUUCGGUGGAGUUAGAAAUUCAAUAUUAAGUAUUCAGUGUUUGUUAAAAUUUAAACACUUUUGUCACUUAUUUGCUUCCGUAUCUGCUACACUACACUGUACCGUACAUGGAAAGUGUUACACUACAUCAUUGUUGUUAAUUGGUCAGUUAUAGUGAUGAAUGUUUUGGCGUUUUAAAUACUGUAAAGGUUUUAUGGCCAUGAAAAGAUUUGUCAAAUCUGUAAUAGGGAACAUUUUGUGUCUCUUUGCCAGCAGCAUCAUAAAGGAUCUCUUUAUUUAUUGUUAAAAAAUGUAAACAUGUGAAAAUAUAUUUGUCUUUAUUUGUCGACAGGGCUACAGAUUUUUUUACGCGUUCUGCUGUUUACACUGUGUACCUGUUUUUAAAGUGAUAUUUCUCUCUCUGGAGGCAGGAAUCAGACUCGCUGCCUCUCAGGUGGCCCCCGAGGUGUGAGCCAACAACACUGCUGCUGCUGCUGCUGUUGUUGUUGUUGUUCCAGCUUUUCUGACUCAGUCUUCUGCACCCAUUUUCACUUUGAAAACAACUGAAAAUUGCAUCUCAAAAAGCACAAACACAAAUCUGCAGAAAACAACUUUGAAACACAACGUUGCCCCAGUUAAGUUUCCAUGUGUUGGAAGAGUUUGCAGCGAGAGACGGUGAGAGAGGAGAGGGUUUCAUUUCACCUGGAACAGCUCGUAUCGGGUCAGCACACAUGAGAAUACGUGUAGCAGAAGAACGGCCGCGAAAUAUCACUUUAAAACUACAAUAUUGUAUUCAAAAAAAUAUAGUACAGCACUCACUCUCUUGUUAAUGAGCUAGAGGUUUGAAAAGAUAUUUUUUCUACCCAGUUUGAAUUUUAUAACCGCACAAUUAAAGAUGU